AUGCAAUCGUCUAGGACAUACAAAGAACACAAAGAAUGUCCUAUUCAUUUCCAUCAUUGUGGAGGAAAACAUGUUGACACUGGUUAUAAAUGUCCAUUAAUUGAAUAUUAUCGUCUAAGAAAACAGCCAGAGAAACACCCUUUAGACGUGCAACUAUUUAUUCCGUUAGAAUACCGAAAUUCAAGUGAUAGAACAAAAACAAUUUUUGAUAAAAGAGCUUAUCAACAGCAACAACAACAUUUAAAUUAUAAUAUAAAUGAUCAAAAGGCUUGGCCAAAAGUAUUACAUUCAACACCAGCGCUCAAUCAAAAUAUAAAUGAAAUAAUUCAAUCAUUAGACAGCUUAAACGCGCGUGAUGGAAUUACAUUUUUUCAACUUUUGGGCUCUAUUUCUCCUCAAAUAUUGGACAAACGAUGA